CCUUCCACAGUGUUCCGAUAGGGCACUGGACCGAGCCGCACCAUGAAGACCCAGAAGGCCGGGGACCCCGGGGGCCAGACACCAAGCUCUCCUUCCCCACGCCAACGGAUGGCUGGUUUCAGCCUGCGGGGUCGGAAGAAGGAGGGCCUGAUCCGCGGCGAGCUGCGCAUCCACUCCAUGCCAGGAGCCUUCCUGGUGCUGGGGGUCAUCGUGGUGGUGGUGGGCACGGCCCUGGCAGUGGCUGGGUACUGGCCCUACCGGACCCAGCGUUCCCAGCUGCUAGGAGUUGGACAACAAGGCUCUGGUUCCGUAGACGCGGCAGGAGGAGUUAGAGGUGGGGGUGUCUCUGAACCCCAGUCAUCCAGUUGGAACCUGGGGGCUAAGAGCCUCCUGACCACGGCCAGUCUGAUCCACAGUGAGCGGAUGAAGCUCCUGGGACCAGUCAUCAUGGGCGUGGGGCUGUUCAUCCUCAUCUGUGCCAACACGGUGCUGUACGAGAACCGCGACAGGGAGACCCAGAUGCUGCUGGCCCAGAUGCGAAGCGUCAUCUGUUCGGUGUCGGCGGCCGUGCCCUCGGCCGACCUCUCAGACAUGUCAGCAGCUAACUCCAUGGCCAGACACUACCAGUGGGUGAGCAGUCUGCCUGCCACCCACCUUAACAUCCUCUAUCUGCAGCAGCUGGCCAGCUCAGAGCCCCUGCUGCAGACGACCAGAGACAGCAGAGAGGAGGAGGAGGAGAGGGCAACUGACUGUAUGUACCAGCAGGCCACCGUACAGACGGAGGCUCUACACCACCAGGACUCAGCCUCUACCCCUUCCCUCCACUCCUCCCACUCCAACUCAUGCAACUCCAGCAAGAUGGGCUUCAACAUGGGGAGGGACGGUGGUGGUGGUGGUGGGCCAAGGGUAGGGGGCUUCAGCCCGGGGAGGGACAGUGGUGGUGGUGGUGGUGGAGGAGGGCCAAGGAUAGGGGGCUUCAGCCCGGACCCCCAGCCCGCUCACCUCUUUAAGCUCAACAACUGUCUGGUGUCAGCCAGCUCCCUGUCCACUCUGGGAGGGGACGACUGGGAGAGGUCGGAGGUCACAGCCACGCUGCCCAGGCGCUCCCACAGUCUGAGCUACAGGACUAACCCAGGCCCUCAUGGGCCCCAGACUGAAAUGCCAACAGAAGGGGCCAUACGACCCUGGGGACCUGGGGCAGACCCAGAGGGACUGCGGAGUGAGCCCAGCUCAGACGUGUAUGUGAACAUGGUUGGGUGUGGAGGUGUGGAGCCCCCGGAGCUCACCCCCGUAGAGGAGCAGAGGCACCGCAGCUGGCCCCGGUUAGACCUGGGCUGUGCCCGCAGGUACCUGAAGCUGGACAAUAAGGAGGACUCGGUGGACAGACUACUAGACCAGUUGGAGCAGCAGUGUUCUCAGUGGGAUAACAGUUUCGGCUCAGGGCCUUUCCAGUGAGAGCCAGUAAAGGUCCCAUAUCUCAAUAAGGCCCCAUAUCAGGGUCCUCUGUCUGUUUUUUAAAAACAGCUUAUAAAGAAAGAUCCUCAUGAAUGCUGAUAUAUCCACAACUAGGAGUAGGAGCUUUUUCCAUAGGAUCAUAACUGUGCACUGUUUUCACUGACUCCUGAAACCGGGAAGGGAGGCUAUAACAGAAAGCGUUCAAGUGAAAUCCAGUUGAUGUAUGAAGCUGAUUUCCUCUCUCUUGGGAUACACAGUACAGUGUUGAGCGGUUUCCAAAUCUGAAGAGACAAACCUUUAGAGACCUUGUUUCUGGGACUUCCCAUGGCGUGGAUAUAUAAACACAAGUGUCGGAGGACUGCAGAUGAAUUGGAUCAGCUUGGCAGACAUCAUUAUUUAAGAGGGGAACAACACACAUACUGUCAAAUAUGAGUUUGAAAGAUUUGCCAGUCUGUUUACUGGGUGGCAGUUAGGCUUGGCACUUGGUAGUAAUGUGGAGGAAUCAAUUUGUCUUUCAUUGCCAAAGCGUUGCUUGUUUUCAGGACACAGCAAGCACAUCCGAAUGUGGGAGGUAGAACCACAUUCUAACGAGGGACCGUCUACACUUUGCAAUCAAUUUAAAAACCAAACAACUGUAACCUGGUGAGCGCAAGAUGUGCUAAUGACAACAGCUAGUCAAAUAAAAUAUAUGUCCGUAGGAGACUAAAACAGGUGCAUGAUGAUAGAGUGUGUAAUCUACAUCUACAUAGUUAUGCAGAAUAAUGCUUGUGUAUUGGCUGUGUAUCAGAACAAGAGAGAGUCAAUAAUAGGUUGGUUAACACUAUAUUUAAAUGGUACGUACAUAAGGACUUCAUAACACAUGAAUAAACAGUACAUAAGCAUUUAUUAAGCAUUAUGUAUGGCUUAUGAAUGUGUAAUAAAUCCCUUAUGUAGGUACCCUUCAACUACUAUGCUGUCCGUUUACUGUAGUUCUAUUGGUUAUUACAGAGGCUGUGUACCAAAUGACACCCUACUUCCUAUAUAGUGCACUACUUUAGACCAGAGCCCUGUUCCCUAUAUAGUGCACUACUUUAGACCAGAGCCCUGUUCCCUAUAUAGUGCACUACUUUAGACCAGAGCCCUAUUCCCUAUAUAGUGCACUACUUUAGACCAGAGCCCUAUUCCCUAUAUAGUACACUACUUUAGACCAGAGCCCUAUUCCCUAUAUAAUGCACUCCUUUAGACCAGAGCCCUAUUCCCUAUAUAUAUGCACUACUUUAGACCAGAGCCCUAUUCCCUAUAUAGUGCACUACUUUAGACCAGAGCCCUAUUCCCUAUAUAUAUGCACUACUUUAGACCAGAGCCCUAUUCCCUAUAUAGUGCACUACUUUAGACCAGAGCCCUAUUCCCUAUAUAUAUGCACUACUUUAGACCAGAGCCCUAUUCCCUAUAUAUAUGCACUACUUUAGACCAGAGCCCUAUUCCCUAUAUAUAUGCACUACUUUAGACCAGAGCCCUAUUCCCUAUAUAUAUGCACUACUUUAGACCAGAGCCCUAUUCCCUAUAUAGUGCACUACUUUAGACCAGAGCCCUAUUCCCUAUAUAUAUGCACUACUUUAGACCAGAGCCCUAUUCCCUAUAUAGUGCACUACUUUAGACCAGCACUCAUAGGGCUCAAAAGUAGUGUUCUGUAUAGGGCAGGGGUUUUCCAUCCCUGUUCCUGGAGAGAUAUCCUCCUGUAGGUUUUAACUCCAACCCUGUUCCUGGAGAGAUAUCCUCCUGUAGGUUUAAACACCAACCCUGUUCCUGGAGAGAUAUCCUCCUGUAGGUUUAAACUCCAACCCUGUUCCUGGAGAGAUACCCUCCUGUAGGUUUUAACUCCAACCCUGUUCCUGGAGAGAUAUCCUCCUGUAGGUUUUAACUCCAACCCUGUUCCUGGAGAGAUAUCCUCCUGUAGGUUUUAACUCCAACCCUGUUCCUGGAGAGAUAUCCUCCUGUAGGUUUUAACUCCAACCCUGUUCCUGGAGAGAUAUCCUCCUGUAGGUUUAAACUCCAACCCUGUUCCUGGAGAGAUACCCUCCUGUAGGUUUAAACACCAACCCUGUUCCUGGAGAGAUAUCCUCCUGUAGGUUUAAACACCAACCCUGUUCCUGGAGAGAUACCCUCCUGUAGGUUUAAACUCCAACCCUGUUCCUGGAGAGAGACCCUCCUGUAGGUUAACUCCAACCCUGUUCCUGGAGAGAUAUCCUCCUGUAGGUUUGAACUCCAACCCUGUUCCUGGAGAGAGACCCUCCUGUAGGUUUAAACUCCAACCCUGUUCCUGGAGAGAUACCCUCCUGUAGGUUUAAACUCCAACCCUGUUCCUGGAGAGAGACCCUCCUGUAGGUUUAAACUCCAACCCUGUUCCCAGAGAGAUCCUCCUGUAGGUUUUCAGGGAAUAGGGUGCUAUUUGAGACUCAACCCCAGGUAACCGACGGAAACGAGGGAAACCCUUCCCUUCCUCAUGUCUACCAUCCUGUUGAUUUUCUCUCUGCCUCAUCUCAGAGUGCAUCUUGUGUUUGUCCCAAAAUGGCACCAAACUCCCUACAGAAGUAGUGUACUGCUUUUGACCAGGGCUCAUAGGGCUCUGGUUAAAAGUAGUGUUCAAUAUAGGGAAUAGGGUGCCAUUUGGGAUGCAGGCUUAGUGUUUACGAGGAGGGGUCAAGCCUUCCUCCAUCCAAUACAGGUGAGGGAAUGGAGGACAGACCAGUCAGUGCCGACGCUGUCCGUCUCUGAUUUAAUGGAAUGGUCAGUGUUUUUGCAUGCAGUUGGGGUGUGUGGGGCUGAGUGAUUAAGACAUGUUUGGUUCACUAGAGAACAAGAUCCCCCCACACACACACACUGGCUGAUGUGGAGAGAAGACUCCACUGUGUUUGCAAUGCCACAGUCUCUCUCUUUCUCUCUCUUGUCAGUGUUGCCUGUUUUGUAUGGCAUGUCAGUGUGACAAUAUGUGUUCUAAAUGUACAGUAUUAACAAGCAAUAUCAGUAGGUCUGCCAGAACAAUUAUUGUCUGUGUCUGGCCCUGUAGACCCACAUACCAAGGCAAAGCUUUAAAAAAAAAUUGGGGAAAAAAAUCCUUGUGUUUCG